CUUUCUACAUUUAAAAAAAAAAAAAAAAAAAAAAAAUGUGAGAAGGCGCUUCUCCGGAGCAUUUGUGAGAGCGGGAAGCCCCUUCGCAAAACGCCCUGGGGGGAGCGGGCGGCCCCAGGCGCUGCUGCUGCCCCCCCCGCGGUGAGCUGCUGCCCGGGGGGAGAGGAGCCGACGCCGGGAUUUCAUCCCCGAGCACUGCCUCCCGUCUGUCCCGAGCGGAAACCUGCGCUCCGGAGAGCCCUGACACCGCAGGCGUGCUCCUGCUGCGCUGGGGAGCCCUAAUUAGCUCACUUUAUUGUGAUUCUAUUGAGGCUGCUUCAGUGACCCAAAACUGGUGGAUGCUGCUCAUAACAGAGCUCCAGGUGAUGAGCGUUCGCUCGCUGUGCAAAUGAAAGAGGAGCCGAACUUUGCGGCGUGAUGCUUUGAAGAGCAGAAUCUGACUGCUAAGGAAGAGGCGCGCUGCCAUCGGGCAGUGUUACCCACUGACAGUCUGGAUUUCCAUGUGUUUGGCUUAAAUGACUGAAGGUGGUAGCACUUUCCUGAGGUUUUUGUUCGUCAGAAAGGUUGGUCUGCUGCAGGUACUGAGGAGAGCAUUGCCACUCGGUGAAACAACCGGUGUGACCGGUUGCUUUUUGCCCCCUUGUCCCAGUGAGGCAUUUACUUCAGCCCAGCUGUUCUGAAACUGAAUUGUGCGGCUGCUUCAUCUUAACAUGACUGAAAGUGAGAAGGAUGUAAUAAAGUUGGGAGUUUUUCAUUUAAUGUCUAUAGAAUACCUCAUCUUGAAACUACAGUGCUACUACAUCCCACUUAAAAUUGUCUGUAGUCUGAAACUAGUUUUUUUUUUUUUUUAAUUAAAAAAGCAUUUCCAGAAUGUGUAAAUGAAAGCAAGGCUAAUUAUGUAAAACAGAUUUCUUACUGUUGUGAGGGUGUAAAAAAUCCUGUUCAGCAGACAACUUUUGUAGCAGCCUCGAACUGUAGGAAUUGUCAGGAUACUUUCCAGGAGACAAAGAUGGGCUUCUGAAAGGCGCAGUCUGUGGAGCGGACAAGGACGGGUUUGGAAACUUCUUGAAUCGCACCGAGCCGCAAACAGUAAGGCUGGAGAUUCAGCUCAUGAGUACUGCAUGUAAGAAGCUGCUUCUGUGACUGUGGUUAAGCUGGAGACGGUGGCAUCUGCAACAGAACUGCAGCUCCUGGUGGUGUGGGCAGCCCCAGGGCCGGAGGGAGCUGCAGGGUCUCUUGGGUGAAGCUGAGCCUGCACGUCGCCCAUCAGUGGGAAAGCGCUGCUGUGAAGCUUCUAGAACCUGAUCUACAAUACUGUUGUCGUGAUUGCCUUCUGAAUGUGGUGACUGGAAGAGACUGUCAGAUGCAGAUGCGUGGUGGCCGUAUCUGUUUAGGAAGUCACCAAAAUGUGCGGGUGACAGCAAGUGUAGAUUUGACAGAAGAAAUCCUCACUGAGUGUGUAACAUAGGCAACUUGUCCCCUGGGCUGUAAGCUACUCUCAGUCUGCUACAGUUUAUUGCUGCACGGGAUAUAGCACAUUUAAAUCUCCAUUUCAAAGAAAUCUAAAUGCUGUUAGGAUGUGGGGACGAUACCUAACCAAAGCACAUACUCAGGUUGAUGCUGUUGGCAUAAGGCUGAAGUCCCUUGGGAUUAGUUUGGUUGAGCAAGGAGGAGGAAACGUGUAACGAGUGACCGUGCUUAAAAGUCCUGGCAGUGUUUCUCUGUAAAGAGAGAAAUUUUCUGUGGGUGUAGGGGAACCAUCUCUGAAAUGCUGGGAGCAUGUGCAUGCUUUACGAUUGGCUUCCGCGUGUGCAGUUGUCUCCUAGGAAUCUCCGUGUAGGCAGGCAACGCAAAUUAGCUGCAACUUCCGUCUCAUUCCUAACCUUGGUUAGCAGUUCCAACGUAUCCUGCAUUACUGGUUUGAAUGGUAAGUCCUGACUAAAGCACUUCACAGACAGCCAACAGCCAACGGAAGGUUUCCAUUCUCCCUUUGGGAGGAUGAGAGAUUUGAAAAACAGAUAAAAAGAAUGAGAGGCAACUGCAGCAUAGCUUUCAUUACGGUAGGCACGUUCAGGGUGGUAAGUGCUAAGUAUCUGGGGAGGCAGCAUGCCUUUAGUGUUAGAAACAUGAAUUAUGUUCUAGUAAAUUUUCUUUGGUCAUUUAAUUCCACUCUGUAGCUCAGAUGCAUGCGAGUUUCCUUCAGCUCUAGGACAGUUCAGAGUUCAGUGAGAUUUUUGGAAGUUCUGUGAACAGACUGUUGGUGCCUGAAAACCCCUAAUCUUGGCAGAGAUACUGAGGUCAUGUCCAAACCAAAGCUACAAGGCUGAGGAAUGCAUGCAGCUCCCUGGGAAGGCUGGAGAUAUCUCCAUUGACAUUGAAAACAUUUGUGAAGUGUUCAUGCUAUUCAGCAGGAGCCCCUGAAUCAUCGUGGGCAGGGACACUGAGAUUUCUGUUCUGAUAACAGUGUGUUUGAGUGAUGUACCAAGUUCUACGCAGUGGGAUUUUUAUCUUCCAGCGGCGUGAGAAAUGGCUGCUGCACAGUUCCCAAAUGCAGAGGCGCACACAGAGGGAACAGAGCAGGUCAUUUCUCAUCUUCUUUUUUUCCCCUCUGAGAGUCUUUCUUUCCUUAUUAGAAGAGGAGACUUGUGUCCAAUAAAGAACUAAAAAUACCAUAAUAAGAAAAUUGCUACUCUGCUCUUCUUAACCUGAAUAAGUAGAUGCUGUAGCAUUUCCUAAAAUGCUGCUAAAAGGGAAAGUGUUAGGUGUUCACCCAGUGGGACAGUAUCUUACUUGAAACUACAAGUUGCAUUCAGAAACCACUUGGGUUUUAUGCUCUCAGAAGUUAAAAUGCUCUGUUACUGGCCUCUGAUCAGGUGUUUUCUGCACUUAAAAUGGGUGCUAAUGCUGGAACAGGCAGUCACGGCCACUUCUGCUGCUGUACUGGCCUUUGAGCUGUCACCAGUGCUUGUACAGCUGAAUUGCAAAGUCUUGCAGUGCUGAUGGAGCUCAAAGCUGGCUACUCUGGGGUUCACCCAGGUCUGGGUUGGGUCAUGCUUCAGCUUAUCCUGCAGAUCCGUGGGUGGGGAGCAGGGCAGCAGCGGGCUGUGGGGCGAGAGACCAGGGCCGCUCUGGGCAGCGGUGCAGCACUCGGUAAGUGACUCUACUAAACGUGUCACAGUUGGAUACCAGGGAUUGAACUGGUUGAUCAGGUGAGUCAAAAUCUGUUGUGAAAGUUUAGCAACGGUCACCUUCAUAAAUGUUCUGAAAAGUUAAUUACUCUUCUGUCAGGUUAUUGUGCUGUAAUGCUUAGAGUGCGAUACUGGGACCAAACAUCCACUCCUUAGUGUGUGAAGUGGAAGCCACUCUGUCACGUAGAAUUAGGAAUGUUGGCUUUCUUUGUGUCCUCGUCUGCUUUAGCUUCCUGUAGUCACUGUAGUCGCGAUAAAUAUCGCGGUAAGUGACCAUUCAGCUCAGAACAUUUAACUUCAGUCCCACUUGCGGUUAGGUCUUUGAGGUCUCCUCUGCAGGGGCAUUAGCUAUGAAACCCCAGCUUUGAUCUUGCACCUCUGGAAGAUAGCCGAAGUGGGAGAAGCACCCGUGGUGUUCUGUGCCUUAGCAACGGCAGCUCGCUCGCGCUGGGUGGCUGUUUGCUUUCUCCUGGAAUGCAGGCAUGCAGUUGUGGGCUUGGCCUGAGUUGCCAGGAGAAUAACUGAAAGCGGUGGGGAGUCGGUGACCGAGCCAGGGCCGCGUUUGCCGGCCCAUCGACUAUGGACGCACUUGCAUGUUGCAGGCAGCCUGCUUCUGCAAAGUGGUACGACCGAAGGGACUAUGUCUUUAUUGAAUUUUGCGUUGAAGACAGUAAAGAUGUUAAUGUAAAUUUUGAAAAAUCCAAACUUACGUUCAGUUGUCUUGGAGGAAGUGAUAACUUUAAACAUUUAAACGAAAUUGACCUUUUUAAUAAUAUUGAUCCAAAUGAAUCAAAGCAUAAAAGAACAGACAGAUCUAUCUUGUGUUGUUUACGAAAAGGAGAAUCUGGUCAGGCAUGGCCAAGGUUAACAAAAGAGAGGGCAAAGCUCAACUGGCUCAGUGUGGACUUCAACAACUGGAAAGACUGGGAAGAUGAUUCAGAUGAAGACAUGUCCAAUUUUGAUCGCUUUUCUGAGAUGAUGAACAACAUGGGCGGAGAUGACGACGUAGACUUGCCAGAAGUAGAUGGGGCAGAUGAUGACUCACCAGACAGUGAUGACGAAAAAAUGCCAGAUCUGGAGUAAGGAAAACUGUCGUCUUCAGGGUUUGGGGGAAAGAACUUCAUCACAACAUUUCAUAAUUGAGAUAAGAAUUCCUGAGUUGAUAGCCCUAAAGGGAGAUCCUGCAUCCUUUAACCCAUUUUCAGUCCAUUUUAAAUGGCUUCACUGAUGGUAGGUGUGUACCAUUGCACGGGGCGGUCUUAAGCCACGAGAGGCAAUAACGUUAUGCAUGAACCGUUUUCCAGACUUCCAAAAAAACCCAAUUGAGGUGUAGGCAAUCGAUACAGAACAGUUGCAAUAAAGUUUACAGAGCCUCCUUGCCUCGUAGCAGAUGUAAUUACAAUGGGAGAAUCCUGAAUUUACACCAAGUGGUAAAUGAGCAUAAUUUUUUUUUUUUUUCCCCUCUGCGGCCUGAAAUUGGACGCUUGUACCGGGAACAAAAAUAGCUGAAACAAGGCUGUUGUGAUUGGCUCACAAAAUUCGGCAGGUGAUGCGCAGUACCUCUGUGGUGUUUUCAGGUCUGUUCCACUAAAGUUUGUAUUGGAAAAAAACCCUAAAAUUCUCCUCAUUUGGUGUUUAAUCUGAGUCACAGGUGGCUGGAGCCUGUCCCCUGGUACCGUUUGACCCCAAAGCUUUCCAUCUCCCCAUCCGGGGUGUGAGUGGCUGUACGUCUUGCUUGUCCAUCUGUACGUUUAGACCAAAUCGUAUUUGCACUGUGGGUGUGGAAGCGAGUGACAGACCGUUGGGCGUACACGCGCGGGCGGCUUCUAACCGGGCUGAAAAAACCUCAAUUUAUGUUCAGAGCAGCGGGGAAUUUUUUUAAUGUCUACAUUCUUUCUAAUAAACUGUUGAAGACUC